AGAAAGAAAGAAAGAAAAAAAAGAAAAGAAAAGAAAAGAAAAGAAAAUAACCUAGAGUGGUCUGGUGAGAGGAGUAGGGACCUACUUUCAGGUGUGUGGAUUUACCUGCAGGGCGGGUGCCCCACCAUGUCUGCUGAAUCUCCCUAGGGUGUGAGGAGAUGAAGGGAUCCCACAUCCAAUUUCCUUCGUGCCUGCUUUGGGACUUUGUUCUCCCCUGUCUCUUGAGGGAUAGAUGGGACCCUCCUGGCCCCAGUGAGGGUGGCAUCCUGCUCCAGGAUGUCCUGCUGCUACUUUCCUUGUGAAGGUGGUCAUGAGAGGAUGACACAGGUAAGGAUCCUACCUGAGCCCCGCCUCCCCCUCUGUAAAAUGGGCAUUCUGUCCCUCUCCUGGUAGCUCUUCUUGCAGGUGACUGAACUUCUAUCAAUCAGGUAUCUGAAGGAGGCGAGUUCUAAGGAUCUGCAUCAUGAUGGCUGCAGAAGUUUCUCCAGAUUUGAAUGGAAACAGUCUUCAGGAGACCCAAACACUUCCAUCCCAGAUACAGGCCGCCCGCUUGGUGUCAGUUCGUCAUGGAGCUGCCGCCCAGGGCCACGCGAGGGCGGCGGGGCUCGGAGGCCCAGCUGAGGCGGCCUUGGGAGCGACACCAAACAGCAGAGACAGCGGAAGCGUAAGCAGUCCUGAGACGGCAGCGGCAGCGGCAGCGGCUGGGGCGACCGGAGUCCCCCAGGGUGUUCAGUCAUGAAACGAGUGUGCUCAGAGCAGAUUCAGAUGGCAGUGUCCUGCUACCUCAAACGCCAGCAAUACUUGGGCUCAGAUGGUCCCUUGAAGCAAGGGCUGCAGCUCUCACAGACUGCUGAGGACAUGGUGGCCAAGCGAACAGUUCAGUCAGAAUCUGGUUGUGCCAACAUAGUCUCUGCAGCCCUUUGCCAGGCAGAGCCCCGUCAAUACGAAGUACAGUUUGGACGACUGUGGGAUUUUCUCACUGAUUGUGAUUCCCAGCACAGCCACGAAGUGAUGCCUCUCCUCUAUCCUCUCUUUGUCUACCUCCAUCUCAAGCGGGUCCAAAACAGUUCCAAGAGCACAGUGGAAAGUUUUUACAGCCGCUUCCAUGGAAUGUUUCUGCAGAAUGCUAGCCAGAAGGAUGUCACUGAGAAGCUACAGACCACUCAGACCAUCCAGGACAACCUGUCUAACUUGAAGCUGGGAGCAUUCCUAGAUAACAAGUAUGUCUUCUGUCUCCAGGAAGACAGCUACCACUACCUUAUCCGCUACCUCCAAAGUGACAACAAUACUGCCCUGUGCCAAGUCCUUACCUUACAUAUUCGUCUCGAUGUGCAACCUGCAAGACCAGACUACCAGCUCUGUGCCAGUGGCAGCUCCUCUCUCAGAGAGAGCAAUGGCUUAGAGCCUCCUGAUGUGGCCAGCCCUAUUCUACAGAAUGAGGCUGCCCUGGAGGUCCUGCAGGAGAACAUUAAGCGAGUCAAGGAUGGACCUCCCUCCAGCAUUACCAUCUGUUUCUAUGCCUUCUAUAACACAGAGCAGCUGCUGAACACUGCAGAAAUCUCCCCUCAUAGCAAGCUGCUUGCUGCUGGGUUUGACAACACUUGCAUAAAACUUUGGAGUUUACCAUCCAAGAAGUUAAAAUCAGAGCCCCAUCAAGUAGACGUGUCCCACAUUCACUUGGCUUGUGAUAUUCUGGAAGAGGAGUAUGACGAGGAUGCCAAUGCCAGCACAGACAUGAAGAUACUGCGGGGACACUGUGGACCCGUGUACAGCACGAGGUUCCUCAAAGACAGUUCAGGCUUGCUCUCUUGUUCUGAGAACAUGUCCAUUCAAUACUGGGACCUGGGGAGUUUCACCAACACUGUGUUGUACCAAGGACAUGCCUACCCCGUGUGGGACCUAGACAUCAGCCCAUAUAGUCUGUACUUUGCCAGUGGUUCACACGACCGCACCGCCAGGCUGUGGUCAUUUGAUCGGAUGUAUCCACUGAGGAUAUAUGCAGGACACCUGGCAGAUGUGGACUGUGUCAAAUUCCACCCGAAUUCAAACUACUUGGCUACAGGCUCCACCGACAAGACUGUGUGGCUGUGGAGCACCCUGCGGGGGAACUCGGUGAGACUCUUCAGAAGCCACCAUGGCUCUGUGCUUUUUCUUGCCUUCUCUCCCAAUGGUAAAUACUUGGCGUCUGCAGGCGAAGACCAGCGAUUGAAGCUGUGGGACUUGAACACUGGGACCCUUUAUAAAGAACUGAGAGGCCACACAGACAACAUCACCAGCCUCACCUUUAGUUCAGACAGCAGCUUAAUCGCCUCUGCCUCCAUGGACAACUCGGUACGAGUCUGGGACAUCAGGAACACUUACCGCAGUGUGCCUGCUGACGCCUCCUCCAGCGAGCUUGUGGGUGUGUACACCAGGCAGAUGAGCAGCGUCCUGAGUGUGCAGUUCAUGGCCUGUAACCUUCUUCUGGUGACUGGAAUUACACAAGAAAAUCAGGAACAUUAUUUUUUUUUCUUUGUUGGAAUGGACUGGCACAGUGGUGGAAGGCCUUCAGUUGCAGUCCUUCCACAAGUCGAGACUCAAUCACUGACUGUGAAAGAACACCCUGCUCCUCUGUCUUUUGGGCCCUCAUUCCAGGCAGGCCCUCCUUCACUCAGUUCCCCAGCAUCAAAGGCCUGGGUUGGGGUUGGAGGCUGAGGCAAGGCAGUGGUGAGUGGACACAAGAUCUAGAAUUAGGAUGCUCCAGAGGCCCUGUGGCAUGCCCUGCACGAGUGAGCACUUUCCUGUCUCUUUCUCUUCUGUCCCAUCCCCUGCCCGGGGCUGUUCUUAGAGGUUGGUUGCAGAGCACUCUAGAAGCUAGUGGCAGAGGUGUCACCUACAGUCCGGCCCUUGGUGGAAGGGAAGUCCUUAUUGGUGGAGGGAUGUUGGGCUGGGAACUAGGAAAGGGGAGGGGAUGAUUUUGACCAAAAGUCUUUCCUUUUUCAUAAUUACAGAGAACCAGAAUUUUUUAUUAUUGUUAUUAUAAUUAUUACUAUUGGCUUGGUGCCUGUGGCUCAAGUGGCUAAGGCCACAGCCACAUACACCUGAGCUGGAGGGUUUGGAUCCAGCUUGGGCCCGCCAAACAACAAUGAUGGCUGCAACAAAAAAUAGCUGGGCAUUGUGGUGGUCACCUGUAGUCCCAGCUACUUGGCAGGCGGAGGCAGAAGAAUCGCUUGAGCCCAGGAGUUGGAAGUUGCUGUGAGCUGUGAUGCCAUAGUGCUCUACCCAGGGCGACUGUUUGAGGCUCUGUCUCAAAAAUAUAUAUUAUUAUUAUUAUUAUUAUUAUUAUUAUUAUUAUUAUUAUUGAGAAAAGGAAACCUAGCAUUCGCAGAGGGGAACUUCUCUGCUUUUUUUCUUCAGGUUUGACUCCUGGCACUGGCUUUGACACUUUGAAUUUUGAGGUUCAGUGAAUUCAGAGAAUUUGGUAGCCCAGUGUAUUGGAGAAAGGGAAAUUUUGGGUAGUAGAUUGAUCACCUCAGUUGACAUGUUCCUGGAAGUGGGUGGGUGGGUUUUAUUGAGAACAUUUGGGCUCUUGGGCUUCUGCAGUGAUGGUGGGGAAAAAAUUCAUUCCAUGGCUGCACUUCUACUGCGAAUUCUCUCUGCUCAAAAGAAAGAAUAUGAUAAAGAAUAACUUGGAGCAAUAAGUCACAAGAUAGAAUUAGAGAAAUGUGGAAUUUCUAAAUGACCCUUCAGAGGUGUAGCUUUCUCUGCAUCUUUCUUGCCUGUGAUGAUCCGUUCCCACCUCCUGCACUGCAAUCCCAGGCAGCAUGUAUAUCAAAGUGUGUUCUAGUAAAAAGCAAGUUCUAAUUUUUUGAAAAAGGAUUAAAUAUUUCUGUUUUCUUUUUUUUUUGCACUUUUUGGCUGGAGUUGGAUUUGAACCUGCCACCACUUAUGGGGCCCGCACCCUACUCCUUUGAGCCAUAGGCGCUGCUGUUGUAUUUUGUUUUCUAUCAAAAUACAUUUAGUUAUUUUUUUUUUUGAGAUAGAGUCUCACUUUGUGGCCCUCAAUAGAGUGCUGUCGCAUCACAGCUCACAGCAAUCUCCAACUCUUGUGCUAGGCAAUCCUCUUGCCUCAGCCUCCUAAGUUGUUGAGGCUAUAGGCGCACGCCACAAUGCCCAGCUAUUUUUUGGUUGCAGUUUGUCCAGGGCUGGGUUAAAACCCGCCACUGUUGGUAUAUGGGGCCGACGUCCUAUCAACUGAGCCACAGGCCCCGCCCAAAUACAUUUAGUUUCAAAAAAAAUGUGAAGUACAAGAAUUUAGUAUUUGCAAAACCAAGAAUUGCUUUAUAGUUUGUCCUAUGAUGAUACUCAGCUACAUCCCCUAAAAGAACCAGAUGUCUCUAUAUAUCAUUAUUACUUCCCAGGACAUUCCAAUUUCAGUUCUGUAACGACUGGCUACAUAUAGUUCUGUAAUGAUUAGCUACAUCCCAGCCACAUACACCUGCCUUUCCCACCACACUGUCCCUGGGCCAACACAGUGUGUCUGUCACCAUACAUUACUUUUCAAGUCCUAGAAAUGUAUUUAAGUUGAAUAAUAAAG